CUUCAUUCUCUCUCUUCUCGAUCUACCCAAAGUAGCGGGAGCGAAUAGUAAAACAAUGACCGAUCACCACCACCACCACCAUAACCACCACGCGCGGCUGAGCCGCCUCCGUACAACAACACAGCUCCUCCGUCAAACAACAUCUUCUUUCUCUUCCCACCCUCUCACUUUCAUCUUCCUCACUUUCCUCCUCUUCUCUUUCCAUUCUCUCGUCGAUCAUUGCUCUCUCCUCUUAACAUCUUUCGUCGACAGUGACCCUUCUCUUCGCUCUCUCCUCUCUCGACUCCCUCUUAACUCUCGCUCCCAUACCCCGACGCGCUUCAAUCAUCACCGACGUGCUCCGUUUCUUCAGCUCACGCGCCUUGGUACCCUCGACGACGACUUCUUCUCCACAGACGAACACGAUCCUCAUCGCCGAUCGCUUCAAGGCUCUUCCUUUCGUUCACCCAUCAACGCCACCACUGUAUUCCUCUCCGGAUUUGAGAGCAUUUCUGGCUUCUCUCGUCCUAUCAUCGAUAACGGACUUCUCCUUCCUCAGAUCAUUCGCUCCGGUGUCGUUUUGCGGCAGCUUGAGAAGGAAGACCAUGGCGGCGAUGAAGACGAGACGGAAUUGGAUGAAUCUGAGCUCGAUCGUGAAAGUGAGAAGAAAGAUAAAGACUUUGAGAGUUUUGUGGAUCUGAAGAUGAUUUUUAAAGGAUUGGAGCUAGGACGUAGUGACGCAGCGGCUCUGUUCUUCUUGGUGAGCUUUUUAUCAGCUGCGUAUGGAUGGGUGAUUCUAGGGUUUACAACUGUUUACUCAUUGGUGUUGGCGAUUAUGUUUGUUACUGUAAUCAACGAUUUGCUUGGUAGGUUUCCUUCGUUUCUUGGGGUUGUUUGGAGAGGUUCAAGAUUGGGGUUUAAGAGAGUUACAGGAUUUGUUUUAAUGAGAUGGGCAGUGAGAGAUGCUUUGACACAGCUUCUUGGUUUAUGGUACUUCGGAGAGGUUGAAGAUCAGUACUCGUUUUUCAGGCUCUUUGUGAGGUUAAAGCUGAUGCCUUUCACUGUUAUGCCGCCAUGGAUUAGAGGUUUUGAGAAGGAGAUAUCUGGUUUCUUGUUCGCUUGGUUUCUACUUGAUACACUUGUUGGUUUGAUAUUAGCUGUUGAUGCGUUUGUUGCUAUUGUGGAUUCGAGAAGGAGAGGAAGGGAGAUAGUGAAGGAAGGGAAAAGCUUUGCUUCUGUGAUCCAAUCUGCGUUGGAAGUUUACUUCAUGGCGGCUUGGUUAGUGUUCUACUUAGCAGCUAAGUGUAAAGAUGCACACGCAGAUGGUAGGAGGUUUGGGAGAAGAGAAAUGGAGAGCUUGAUCGAUGGGCUGAGAUGAUAAUGAAUUGUGGAUCUGUAGGAUGAGCUUUUUGUUUCCAAAGGAGCAAACCUUGGCUUCGAUGCUUAAUGCCAGUGGCGACAUCUCUGUGCUACUAGUUGUCAUGACUUAGGUUCCUUUGGUUUUAGAAUUACAGUUGAUUGAUAAGAAUUGCUAGCAAUUCGAUGUAUGUACGCACCUAGGAUUACUUGGGAGCUGUGAAAGAGGGAGAAUGAUACAACUACUGUGUAUAAUCAUUUGCAAGAUUUUCCUUUGUAUAUAUCUUGCUGCAGUUUUUGAUAUCAAUACCAUGAGGUGAUCAUUUUUUUUUUUUUUUUUUCAUUUUGGGAAUGAUACUAGAUCCAACCAUUUGGAUAUACUGCUCACCUUAAAUGUACUUAUCUUGUGGCCAUUUUAACGUACAACAUUUUAUGCAUCAUUUUGAUUUAUGCAAUGGGGAACUUGUUGCUCAUUGGAU